CGGUGAGCCUCCUCUGUCCUCCUCUCGUUUGUAUCAAUCCCCAAAUCUUGUUGCGUCUCUGUCAUGGGUUUCUUCUUCACUCCGUGCCCCACCCCCCAUCAGCCCCAAGGCACUGAUCAGCCCUCUUCUUCCUCUGGAUGUCUUAAACCUGUAGAGGUGGAAUAGUCUUUCCAUCCGGCAGCAACAUGAGGAUUUGUCCUUCUUUCCACCCCUCCUUCCCCAGUCUCGCCCUCCUGCUGACGGCGAGUGUGUGGGUUGGGACUGCUGGUCUCCUGGGGGAGGGCAGGAGACAGUGGCUGCAUGCCCCCAGCCGGGACAUCACUAACCAGAGCCAAGUGUUCCUCCACGGGACCUUCCCUCCAGGCUUCCUCUGGGGCACUGGCACCUCCGCUCACCAGACGGAGGGGGCCUGGGACCGGGACGGGAAAGGAGCCUCCGUGUGGGACCACUUCACCCAUUCUGGAACCUUCCGGGAUGGCCAAGGCGGUGCUGACGCUGCCACUACGGACACGGCGGACGUGUCCAGCGACGGCUACGUUCGCUGGCAGGAGGAUGUGCAGGCGCUCUCCUACCUGGGCGUGCGCUCCUACUCCUUCUCCCUGUCCUGGCCCAGGCUCUUCCCCGACGGAGACGCCUCGGCUCGGCCUCGCCCAGGCGCGGUGAGGCACUACAGCAGGCUCAUCGACCAGCUGCGGGCGAGGGGAGUGGAGCCGGUGGUGACCCUCCACCACUGGGACUUGCCCCAGGCCCUGCAGGAGCGCUACGGAGGCUGGAGGAACCACUCCCUCGUGGGGCUGUUUGACAGCUACGCCACCUUCUGCUUCCGGACGUACGGAGCCCGAGUCAGAUACUGGAUCACCAUGCAUAACCCCUACCUGGUGGCUGUCCAGGGGUAUGGGACAGGGGAGCACGCUCCUGGGGAGAAGGGGGACCCCUCCGCACCCUUCAUGGUGGCUCACAACCUCAUCAGGGCUCAUGCCAAAGCAUGGCACACGUACAACACCCACUUCCGCCCGACUCAGCAAGGUCAGGUGUCCAUUGUCUUGGGCUCCCAUUGGAUGGUUCCCCGACAAGACCCAUCCAGGUCAGCCAACGUCGAUCUUUGUCAGCAAUCCAUGGAAGCGGUACUGGGCUGGUUCGCCAGUCCCAUCUUUGGGGAUGGCGACUACCCGACAACCUUAAAAGCCAGGCAGCGGGGCCUCCUGCCAGAGUUCACCCCAGAGGAGCGACUCUGGGUGCGCGGAACAGCCGACUUCUUUGCCUUGUCGUUCGGCCCUAACAACCUCCGACUGGACCGAAGCCUGGGCCACUACAGGCAGAUGGUGUCCCUGGACUUGAGAGGCUUGCUGGGCUGGAUAAAGCGGGAGUACGGGGGGCAGCUGAAGGUUCUGCUGGCCGAGGUGGGCUGGUUCUCCGAGGGGUCUGCAGGGAGGGAGGACACAGAAGCCAUCUAUGUGACGAAGAACUUCAUCAACAAAGUUCUGAAAGCCAUCGUGUUGGAUGGUGUCCAGGUGUUUGGCUUCACAGCCUGGUCUCUGCUCGACGGUUUUGAGUGGACCUCUGGGUACAGCAUUAGGCGGGGCCUGUUCCACGUAGACUUCAGCCAUCCCAACAGAACCAGGCUCCCCAAGACCACCGCCCAGUUCUACAAGCAAGUCAUCAGUGACAAUGGUUUCCCCGGCGACGAGACCACCCAGGAGGUCAACGGUGGUUUUCCUUGCGACUUCCACUGGGGUGUGGCCGACUCCAGCCUGCAGGUCCAUUUACACCCCGUCUCCCCUCAGUUCACCGACCCUCACCUCUACAGCUGGAACCUGACCGGUGAUGGCUCCCUGCGUCCGGUGAGAGGGGUCAGGCUCCUCACCCGGGAGCCCCAGUGCUCGGACUACCUGGCCAUCCGGGGGCACCUCCGCCUGUUCGAGAGCACCGCCGCCUCCCACUACCACUUUGCCCUCAACUGGUCCCUGAUCCUGCCCCGGGGAGACCUGGCCAGCUUGGACCCACAGGCCCUCAGGUACUACCGGUGUGUCCUCACCGAGCUCCAUAAACAAGGCCGGGAGGCCAUGAUCACCCUCUACUACCCCACUCAGAGAGACCCUAAUCUGGGCAUGCCCGGGAAGCUGCAUGCCUCAGGGGGCUGGCUGAACCAGAGCACCGUCGAGGCCUUCCAGGAGUAUGCCGCCCUCUGCUACCGGGAGCUGGGGCCCUGGGUCCACUACUGGAUCACCAUCAACGAGCCCAACCGACUGGUGGAUGUUUACCUCAGUGGAGAGGAGCAACACCGCGCUGCCCACAACCUCCUCCUGGCUCAUGCUAAGGCCUGGAGGCUGUAUGAGAAGGAGCACUCCAGCCAGCAGGGGGCACUGGUAUCCUUGGCUCUUCACGCAGACUGGGCCGAGCCCGCCAACCCCUUCCUGGAGUCCCACAUCACUUCCACCCAGCGCUUCCUGUUGUUUGAGCUGGGCCGCUUCUUAGACCCGCUGCUGGGGGGAGCGAGAGAGGGGGCGAGGAGGGGGGAGAAGGGGGGAGAAGGCGCGUACCCCGAGGAGAUGCGGGCGUACCUGGCGGAGAGGGCUCGGGUGCUGGGGGUCCCGGGUUCCCCGCUGCCUCGCUUCACCCCGCAGGAGAGGGAGGAGCUGCGAGGCGCCAUGGGCUUCAUCGCCCUCAACCAUUUCACCACGCGCCUCAUCUCUCCACGCCCCCUCCCCGCUCCCCAGAGUCCCAGCCCGCAGUACCACCUGGGCCCAAACCAUGACUGCCUGCUCCAGACAGACCCCACCUGGCCCUCCUCCAGGCCUGGUUCCCUGGGCCAGGCCCUGGUCCCCUGGGGCCUGAGGCGGGUGCUGGGCUGGGUGAGUCAGAGGUAUGGAAGGGUCCUGCCUGUCAUCAUCACUGCCUGUGGGAUUGAUGACCAGGCACCAGUUAAUGACAUCAUCAGGCAACACUACUGCAAGAGGUACCUACAGGAAGCCCUCAAAGCUCGUCAGCUGGACGGCGUCAACCUCGGCGGUUUCUACGCGUGGAAGCUGCAGGAUCGCCACGGCGACAAGUUCGGCCUCUUCGCCUCCCUCCAGCACCAGUCCAGGCCCAAGGGCUCCGUCGCCGUCUACCGCGAGGUCAUCGCCAACACCACGGCGGCCUGCCCCGCCGGCGAAGCGCGGGCCACCUGCCACGUCUGCGCUCGGCUCUGGGAGAACAAGCCCCUGCUCUUCCUCGGGACCUGCCUGCUGCUCUCCGCCGCCAUGCUAGCGACGGUGGCGGCCGUCGCCGUCAGGAGGAGGAGGAGGGCGGCCAGGGCGGGAGGUGGGAGGCUCGGGGGGAGGAGGGCGGGGGCGCCCGUGUGCGCCGCGCCCCGCCGGAUGACGUGUCAGCCGUGGGAGAAAAGGGGGUUGCAUCGCGCGGCAGACAGGAUCCGAGUGGUGCAACGCUAA